AUGGCUGCCCGACUCCCCCAAGUCGCCCGCCUCAUUCUCUUUACUGGCCCAAAUUGUUCGCUUUGUGAUGUUGCAAAAUUAGAAUUGGCGAAAGUCAGGCAGUCAUAUCAAUUUGACCUCGAAAUAGUCAAUAUACAGGAGAAAGGCCAGGAAAGGUGGAAGAAGAAAUACGUCUACUGGAUUCCCGCGCUCCAUCUGGACGGGAGGGAGAUAGCGAAAGCGGAAUACGGCGCUGGAAGCUCAGGAGGAUUGUGUCUAGAGAAUAGUCUUAGCGGUUCCAAUGCCACUUGCAGCUUUUACAUCGAUACCUCUGGGUCGGCUGGUUUUCAGGAAUUGUCACCUCAGUUAUGCUUUUAUAACAGGCACAUCUCGGGUGUCCUAGGCGAGAAUCGAAGUCCAUCCCCUGCUGCGGCACUCCAUGAUGCUCGCUUUUGUUUCAACUGCGGGUCGCCUGAUCACAUCAUUGGAUCCUGUCCUGAAGCACAUAAUCAUCCCCUCAUCGCGCUGUCGCGGCAACUUUUCAAUUUUUUGCGCUCUGGCGAGCAAACGAGGGACCCGAGCAGGUUUCAUGUUGUUGAAGCUUGGAAGAAACAACGGCUUGAAUGGUUGGAGUUUUUCCAGCCCGGAAAGGUUGUUGGUCCCACCUUACGCGAAGCUUUGGGCUUCGAGCACGGAGACUCAGGUCAUCAGUGUGCUUGGCUACAUAACAUGUCAUAUUGGGGCUAUCCUGCAGGAUGGAUAAGUGAUACCGACCCAAGGGAUGCCGUUCGCCAAAGAAUUUUGGGAGAGCUGGGCACUCUGGUACACGGUCAUCCACUUGAAGAUGACGAUGACUCCUUCCUUAUAGUUAGUGACGAAGAGGACCGCGAGGUAAUCGACCUAAAUCUUGCGACGUCUUUCUACCUCAAAGCAGGCGGGGACGAAACAUCAAUUGUCGAUGAUACUUUGUCUGCCAACUCUGACUUGGAGCUCCAUUCAUCGACAACCCGUAGGUGGGCAACAUACCCCGACGAUUAUUUCUCCUCAAACCACCUCACUGUCUAUAAUGGAACGAUAUUGGUAUCAUCGUACGCCGCCACUUCUCAUUCCAGUAAUACAUUUACUGCAGAAAGAAGAGCUCUUUGGGAACAAAUAAUAUCCGGGACUCAAUCUGCCAAUGCACUUGUUCCCCCUUGGAGAUUUCCUGGGGCAUUCUCUUCGCUGCCAUCGUACAUCGAGCACCAACCACCUCCACCCCCUUCAACUCCCCCUCCACUGCCACCUUCUCCACUUCCACUUCCACUUCCAUUUCCGCCGCAGCCCGCACACCAUCAAUAUCAUGCACUCGUCACUGCCGCAGAGGAUGACUCAAAUAACGGCGACAUGGAUAUGGACCUUUCAGACGAUGAAUAG